UGUUGUAGUGACAAGAGUUUGCUUGGCAACCAUUGAAGUGGGUUAUGUGGUAGAUGAGGGCUGAUUGCAACGGAAUUACACAGUUAAAUACAACAUUAACCAGAAAAAUAGAAUAAACAAAUCAAAUAAUAAUUGUCUUUGGUACUAAGCGGCUAAAAUGGCAGCGACAGUAUUGCACGGUAGAAGAAAAGGACAAGCAAGAGCGGACUCAGCUCCUGGUAGUUUGCAGCAGCCCAUGAUGACACUGCCUGAUGGCACCGACCUACGACAGGUCACUGUCCUCACACAGGGAGACUGGGGUAGGAUUAACAUGCAACUAAAUAGAGGCCAAAUUGAGGCCGAGGAGAGGAGAAGGCGGAGAGAGGAGAAAGAAGCCGUGAAGAAGAUGUCCAAGGACAAAGUAAAAAACUGGACAAACACAAUUGCUGGUCACAGACAGAAGAGACUUGAGGCAAGGAAAAUAAGAGAAGAAAAGGAAGAGGCAGAGAGAAAACAGGUUGAUCUGGAAGAAGCUCAAUUUCAGGCUCAGAAGAGAAAAGAAGCUAUUGAAAAGGCAAAGACCCUGCAGUAUUACCAGACAGACAGAGUGAAGGGAUUCCAUAGUGCGCUGAUGUUCACAGAAGUCCUGAAAGAAAGAGAGGCCCAACUUGAGCUAAAACGGCUGAAGGAGAAGGCAUACGAAGGCAAGGACAACGACUGGCUGGACAAACAGAGAAAAGACUAUGAAGAUGGUAUCCGUGACGACCAGAGGAAAGCGCUUCAGAGACUGCAAGAAAGAGAGGAGGUGGCAGAGUUUCAGAAAGCACAGAUAAGAGAGCAUAUAAAGGACCGCCUGAUCGCCAUGGAGGAUGACAAGAAGGAGGGCGAGGACCUGAAGAAGCUAGCAAUCCAGUACCACCUGGAGAAGAAACGGCUGGAGGACAUCAGGAGAGAUGAACAGAAGCAGAACAUGCAGCAGAAUGUGAAAAGGAUCGAGGAUGUGAAGAAAAUGAGGGAAAUACAACAGGAGAUUGAAGAGGAAGAAGAUGAGGAGUGCAGGAUCUUUGCUGCUGCUAAAAGGAAAAUGAUGAAGCUGCGAGUUGAAAAGGAAAAACUUCUCCAUAAUGAGAAGCAAGAGAGACUGGAGAAGAUUCGUGACCGUCUGGCAGCCCAGAUGAAACAGAAGGUCGAUGACGAGGAUCAGAGGAUUCGUAAAGCAACCGAGGAGAGAGAGGCCAAGAUUGCAAAGGAGGAUGCCGAGAAGGAUGCCAAGAAUAGGAGGAUGCUUUCUGAGAUGGCUGAACACAGAUACCAGCAGAUGAGAGAGAAAGAAGAAAAGGAGGCUGCAGAGAGAGCCAGGGAGAUGGAAAUGCUACAGAUCCGCAAGGAGGCAGACAAAUUGUUCCAGAGAAACGAGGAAAUGAAACAUAGCAGAAAGUUUGAUGAAAAUAAACACCUAGCAGACUUCCAUCUCAUGCAAGCUGGCCAGCGCAAACUUAAAGAAGACGAGGUGAAGGUGGAGCAGCUCCAGCAAGACGCCAAAAACAUGGAGCUGCUGAAGCUGGAGGAGGACCAGUUCCAGGAGUACGCCGGGAAGGUGAUCGACCACUGCCUCCAGGGAGGACGCAACGUGUACCCUCUCCGCAAGGCGGCCAGGCCAGGCGCCGGCGGGGGACUGGGGCCCAUCUUCGAGGGGAAGGGCGGCAUCCGCCCCAGUUACAUGGCGAUGGAUCACAGCGGUGUCCAGCUGCCCAACUACCAACGAGGGACGACCGAGGAGGUGAAGAAGAAUAUAUAUGGCGAUGGACGGACCAACAAGAGACUCGGUUUCGUGUGGAGAUAA